ACUUUACAAACUGCAUCAGAUCAGGAAACCUACGCAGCCGUGGACACAUCAUUGACUCUGACUCGGAAUAUAUUCUUCACUGAACUCCUUUUGAAUUUGGACACGGCUGACUUUGUGACGGCCCGCACAAUGGUUGAAGGUUUUUGCGAGAUAGCCGCAGUGUGCGUCGGUCUGAUCGGGCUGAUCGGGGCGGCGGCCACCACGGGGAUGCCCAUGUGGAAGGUGACAGCUUUCAUCGGGGAGAACAUAGUAGUGAUGGAAACCCGCUGGGAGGGCUUGUGGAUGAACUGCUACAGGCAGGCCAACAUCAGGAUGCAGUGUAAGAUCUACGACUCGCUGCUGUUUCUGCCCCCCGACCUCCAGGCAGCCAGGGGCCUGAUGUGCUGCUCUCUGGCCCUCUCGGGUCUGGGCCUCCUUGUGGCUGUGGUCGGAAUGAGGUGUACGUCCUGCAUCCAGGACAAUGACCGGGCCAAGAACGUCAUUCUGAUGGUCGCGGGUGGAAUGCAGCUCGCGGCCUGUGUCUGUGUCCUCAUUCCCGUGUCGUGGACGGCUCAUGUCAUCAUUAAAGAUUUUUACAACCCACUGCUGAUUGACGCCCAGCGGAGGGAGCUGGGAGAGGCUCUCUACAUCGGUUGGGUGACGGGCGCUUUCCUUUUCGCAUCUGCCAUGUUGUUUCUCUGCCGCCGCGUGGCCUCGGACAAAGCCUCGUUCGGCGUGUACCACCAAGACAACUUGGUGCCCUAUCAAAUGAGGUAUCAACCCAUCUCCAGUGUCUCCAGCCACGGCUACGAUGGACAACAGCUUGGGCCGCAAUGGCAAAACAUCCCCCAGGUUAUGACAAAUGGUGAAGUACUACUCAAUCCUCCCGUCGUGUAUAACUCAGGUCUGCCUGACAACGUGUCAGUGGUGUAUCAGGGCGGGACGGCUCGCCACCCUUCAAUGCGGAGCUCCAGCAACGUGGGAAGUGUGUACGCGCCAGGAAUCUCCUUUCACAGCAGCCAAAGCGCCACGCCGUAUUCACAUGCUUAUGUCAGCGACCCCAACGCAUCCUACCAGUCCAGCUUUCAUCCGGUUCCACACACUCCUGUUUUCAUAGGCUACGAAACAUCAAGGAUUCAACAAAGGGGAAACAACGCUGGUGUGUACAUAUAAACACAAGCUGUGAGUGAGUUUUUACAGCUGGUUAAACAUUAAAGCGAGCACUGUGCUCGUCAUCGGAAUCAAAUUUAAAACAAAUUUGGUUUGGUUCACUAGGGUCAAGAUCAAGGCUGAAGCUAUUCGGACGCUCAGAGCAAAUAGCGUGUUUAUGUUGUUUCUACUAUUUACUCACUUUUGCGAUUUUGUAUUGAGAUAAAGCUAAAUAUGGGUUGUUAAACGUAACCGUGUUUGUAAAAUAAAGGCGUUGUGCUUUUUUUAUUAAGCCCCCGGUAAAGUUUUUUAAAGUUGAGUUAAGAGAAAUAAUCCGAUUUGUAUGUGUUUCAAUACAUUUUGUUUUUCAAGUGUCUAUGCAACCACUCCAAAAAGAAGCUGUGAUGAAUUAUUAAAUAACCUCCUUGUAUAACAGUUAUAGACUGGAUGAGCGUGAUCAAUAAAUGGAAUUAUUUUGUGGUAAACACUUCAUUAGCAGGCGCAGUUCCCUCAGCAACUAAAGGCUGACAGCCGUUGCUUUAAAUAGAGCUUUGUGUGGAAUUUGUGUUUCUCUAGACAGCAGCAGUUUUGUAAACAUGUACAGAUGCUAUAACCUGUAUGUGAUGUGAUGGAUUGUCUGGAAUCUGUUAAAAUGGUUCCCUGUAUAGUGUUUUGUUUUCUGCUUGGAUGGACUAUCGGUGUUGCAGUAGAAAGAUGAAAUAAGUAAGUAAAAUAAAUGAUCAAAAUGUUAAGUAAAUAUUAAAUGGAACCAAACAUAUUGUGUCAGUUAUACAGAUGUUUUAAAGGACAUUAUCGGUGUGCACAACAGCACUACUGAAAAUUCUACUUCUUUUAAAAUAUUUCUGUCAAAAUAUUUCAAUUCACAGACGGAAGUCUAAAGUCAUUGAUCUGUUUUUGUUUCUAUUUGAAUCCUCUUUGAGUCAAUGCCUGUAAACUCUCCGUGUGACGUGAUUACUGCUUGAUGAAAAACUUUCUCAAGUGUCUUUGGUGGUCUGAGCUGAUCUUCGACCUUCUCAUCGCUCACCACAAGAGGGCAUCAGAGAUCGUGAUGAGUGUCACAAGUUGUUGAUUGAGAAAUUUGUCUCAACUAUAAAUAUCUAAUUUUAUUAACUUCUGGGGAAUGAUAUAAUAGAGACAGAGAUUACACAAAAAAACAUAAAACGCUCCUGAUUUUUUCAGAAUUAUCAUGGUUGCUGAUUGGUGCAGCUGAGAAAUCAACAGAAUCUAUAAUUUACAUCCCAAACCACUCAAGUGGGUUAAGAUAACAUAAAUAUUUGACUUUACUUUAAUAUGAGACAGUGCCAGUGAAACAGUUUGAGGUAGUUAAUCGUCGAGGGAGCACCGCACACCAGUUUGAAGAUUAGAUCUGCGUUUCUAUCAGGACUGGAGCAAAGAUUUAAUCAUUCCUCGGUGUAGAAAAGCAAAGACGUUGUCGAGGUCGAAUGUUGCCAGAUUUGAAGUUAAUCUUCAGGACGUAUCCAUGUUUGUAGGAUUAGCAGCUUGGUUUUGCCCUCAAUUGAGCGCCAGCACGGGAGACGCUCGGCUGUCAAGUUAGACAAGGACAGCCUGAGCAAGACCGGAAACCAAGCAUGUUUGAUUUCAAAAUAAAAGCAGCAACAUGAUGUGAUAUGAAUAUUAUGUAUUAAGGGUACAAUUAGUAUAAUAAAGACUUACACCUACAAAA